UGUUUCCUGUUCAAAGCUCAAAGUUCAGCUGAGCAGAGACAGAGAGACGAUCCGCAGACGCCACAAACAUCAAGAAGAAGAAGAAGAACCUAAAGGGGAAUAUCGCUCCAGACUGAAACCACAGAAGAAGAGCUGACCCGCUCCAGAGGGACCGUGUGUACCGUCGGACUCUGAAUCCGCCCUCACAGAUGGAUUGUACCUGAGGGACGAGCAGCUCGGAUACACUCACAGAUCACCGCUGAGCCACUGGCGGCCAUCUUGGAGAGACAAGACAGCAGGACCCUCCUCGUCCCUCGACCCUCCCCGGCUGCAGCGCUGCCCCGCUGGGCAGCAUGGAGCCCGGAGGAGGCCGGCUGCCGGUCCAGGUUCUGGGAGAGAACGAGGCGCUGCAGCAGUUCUUCAGCGGUCAGGAUGUGAGCGGUGUGUUGGACAGUUCUGUCGCCGUGGAUACGAGCAUCCUGGAGCAGUACCUCAGUAACGACAUGGACCCCAGCAGCUUCAUGCUCCCUGAGUCUCCUCCUGACUCGAGCUCGGAGGCCUGUUCACCUGCACAGAUACCAGACUUCCACUACGAGCCGCCCUAUUGGUCCAAUCAGCAGACCAACCAGGAAGUGUUCCAGCCGACACAGCGUCCCGCCCUCUCCUUGUCCUGUCGCUAUAAGGAUCGAGGCUCCGCCCACCAUGAGCCGCUGACCCACGACCAGCUGCGCAGUCUGGGCCUCACCAACACUUACAUCAAGUCUGGGACGUCACCUGCCCCACCUGCCCCACCUGCCCCACCUGCCGCCCUGCACCAGCACACACUCCAGUCACCUGAACACACACAUUACCUGAAUCCAGACGGCUGCUCGCAGGCGUACACUCCUCCAACACCUCAGUCCUCACCACAUCGACCCUCAAACAGUUACACCUCCCCCUGCACCGGCCCGGGCCUGAUCCACGGUACAACCACACCCUCUUCAACCUGUCUGAUGGGCUCCGCCUCCACGCUGCACACCUUCUCUGCAGACAGUAAAAAGAGGAGGAGAUCUGAGUCUGAGGAGCCGUCAGCAGGAAUCGAGGCCUCCUGCAGUGAAGUCGGGAACGGAGUGGGUUGUGGCGGACUGAGCUCAGGAUCCUACCAGCUGCUGACUUGGGAUCAAUACACGCCAGAACAUUGGAGCGCUUUGUACAACAGCAGCUACCAGACACUGUCUCCUCCUGCCUACCACGUCGACACAGAUAAAGGCUUCGUCUUCUCUGCGGCUGACGAGGCCUUCGUCUGCCAGAAGAAGAAUCACUUCCAGGUCACCGUUCACAUCGGCGUGGCUGCAGAGCCGCAGUACGUCAGAACGCCAAGCGGACCGCAGCCGGUCGACCACUUCCUGAUUAAAGUGUUCGGGAUCAAGCUGGAAUCUCCGAGCCACCAGGUGACCAUCGAGCAGUCGCAGCCCGACCGCAGCAAGAAGCCCUUCAACCCCGUCAGGGUCAGCCUGCCCAGCGGCAAAAUCACCAAGGUGACGCUCUGCCGACUUCACUUCUCAGAGACGACGGCCAACAACAUGAGGAAAAAAGGGAAACCCAACCCCGACCAGAGAUACUUUCAGAUGGUGGUCGGUCUGUACGCUGCCGUGGCAGGAGAGGAAACCUUCCUCCUCACAGCUCUGGUGUCGGAGAGAAUCAUCGUCAGGGCGUCCAACCCUGGUCAGUUUGAGAUGGACGGGGACACCAUGUGGCAGCGUGGGGCGCUGCAGGACGCCGUCGUCUGUCAGGGCCGAGUGGGCAUCAACACCGACUCGCCUGAUGAGGCGUUAGUCGUCUGUGGAAACGCCAAGGUGAUGGGCGCCGUCAUGCAGCCGUCAGACUGCCGCGCAAAGGAAAACAUACAGGAGGUCGACUCGGAGCAGCAGCUGAAGAGAAUCACUCAGAUGAGAAUCGUCGAGUUUGAUUAUAAACCGGAGUUCGCUUCCAGCAUGGGGAUCGACCAGACGCACCAGACAGGUAUCAUCGCUCAGGAGGUGAAGGAGCUGCUGCCGUCAGCAGUGAGGGAGGUCGGAGACGUCAGCUGUUCUGACGGAGAGAAGAUUAAUAACUUCCUGAUGGUGGACAAGGAGCAGAUCUUCAUGGAGAACGUCGGGGCGGUGCAGCAGCUGUCGAAGCUCACCGACAACCUGGAGACUCGAAUUAAAGAGCUGGAGGUCUGGAACCGCCGACUGGCGAAGCUAAAGAGCCUGACUGGCAGCCUGCGCUCCACCGGGAAGUCCAGGAAACACAGCAGCGUAUCGACGGCGCCGAGUCCCGACGUCUGUACGAGUGUUAAAGUUCAGAAGGACGGCUGCGGUCAGAAGUACGGCCACUGUCUGCAGCACAAAGCCUUGCAGGUCAGCGUCUUCGCCCUGCUGGCCAUCAUGGCUUUCUGCAUCAUCUCGAUCACCGCUCUGUACCUGGUUAACCUGACGGUGGACGACUACGACGCUUUCCCUGGCAACAAUAACGGCAGCUUGGUUCCUCUGCAGACGACAGCCUGGAGCAGCACAGUCCCACCGACCACUCAGCCCGGUCCGUGGCCUCCAGACGUGGACUUCUGCGACCUGCUGUACUGCGAUCAGGUGUACUGCUGCACUCCACCUGCGGGGGGCGGCGCUGACUCCAACAUCACCUCCACCGGACCGCCUGAAGCAGAGAAGUCGAACCUGACAGAAAUAAGAAGACAAAGUUUAUAUUACAAACUGAAAAGUGCCAGAGACUGGACGAACACGACCAUCCACUCUUUCAAAAUAAAAGAGAACCAGCAGGUCAUCGACAGUAAAUACUGUGUGAGAGACGAAUGUGGACCAGGUCGAUACGUCUACAGAGUUCCCAUCAGCCAGUUUGUUCCUGUCAACAUGAGAAUGACGCUGCUCAUGAAUUCUACAGAGGUGCUGGUGGUUCAUCUGUGCAGCUUCGAUGAGUCGGCCGCCUGCUCGGCUCGGCUGGAAAUAAACACCAUCACUGGGAUCAGAUACCCUUCAAACACACAGGGAGAACACGAGUGGCCUCUUCACGUGUCUCGUCUUUAUCACAGCUCGUAUCACUUUCGCUCCACAGUCGCUGGUCAAGCAGACUGCAGUACCGACCACAACUUGGCGGGGGCGCUCUUCACUGACUACCACUUUCACUUCUACAGACGCUGCUGAGACACUUUUAUUAUUGUUCAACAUGAAGAUGACGAUCAGAGAAACAUGUCGACCGUCAUCGCUUCUGCUUUUGUGUUUUCUAAAGCCCCAAAAGUUUUUGUCGAGAUAAACCGUCCGUCACUGUUGUUGAUAGAUUGCACUGCGUGAUUUGCAAAAAGUGAAAGUUCAGAUCGGAUGCAUGAAAUCUGCCUUUUUAUGUUUUAGUUUUUACUGUCUUUUAUUUUGUGAAGAAGAAGAGUUCAGCUCGUAGAGACGAGAAACAACACGACAGGUCUUAAUUCAUGUAAUCGACAUCCAGCAAGAAAAUAAUUAACUUCCAAGCAAAUGUUUAAAUUAAAGUGAAUUACAAUUAGAAGUGAAAAUAUACACUAAGUUAUUGUUUUGUCUAGUGAAACGUUUUAACUGUUUCUAAAAUCAGAGUUUGUCUGAACGUAUAAUAGACGUAUGUGACCUUUGUGGAGGUAAAAAGGUUUUAAUUAAAUAAUAAGAUAGAUAAAAAGUGGCUAAAAACUUAAGUAGUUUGCUGUUUUUGGUUUUAAGUUGUUGAUAUCGUUUAUUUGCGAAGCACUGAUCUGAUUCUGAAGGAACAGGAUUACACCUGUGAGGAAGAAAUGUCAGAAUAUAAAGAAAAAAAUUAGAGUAUAUCUGAGAAUAAAGCCCUUGUUCUGUUAUUGAUAAAUAUAUUAAUUUUAAGAGCUCUAAGAUGUAGAUGUGAGCCUGACUAAGGCAAAAAUGUUUAAGUUACUAUAAAAUGUCAUUUCUGAGUGUGAAACUAAUGAAAUGAAUCUUUUCUAUGAGCUGAACUGAACGUGACUGAAUCCUGACGUCUCUGCUUUGUAUGAAAUGAAAACAAGGUUAAUAAAAUGUUUGAAAAAUGUCAUUAAA